AUGUUGCUGGAAAAGACUUUCAGCAUAUUUCAUGCCUCUAACGUGCUCCUGCAGCAGCAGUAUAGAGCGCGAGGCUUCACUGAAUACAACCAACUAAUAUAUGUGCUCCUGGUAGCUGAACAGAACAAUUCACUCUUGAUGAAAAACCAUAAUUCUCAACCUAUUAGAUCUGCACCAUUACCAGAAGUGAAUGAUGCUUCCCUUGAAGUGAACGCCACAUCCUCUGGUGGCAAUAAUCAUAAACGAGGACGUGGCCACAAGCGAGGUCGAUGGAAUAGGAAAAGCAAUAAUCAUGGUGGUCAGUUUCACAACCAGGUUCCGAGGCAUAAUUCAGGCCCGAGCUUUAAACAUGUGAAUCGCCACAAAGGCAAAGCUCACAUGAACAAUGCUCCCAAGAACUCUGAAGGAGCCUGCCAUAGGUGUGGUGGCAAUGGGCAUUGGGUGCGCACUUGUCGUACCCCAAAACAUCUAGUGGAGCUGUAUCAAGCAUCCCUCAAGGAGAAAGGUGUCGAGACCAAUUUUCUCGACCAGGCUAAGCCAAUGGAUAUACCUGAUCCAGUGUUUGAUUUAUCAGGGUAA